AUGGCUGAAGAAAUCACUACUGAUUUUUCAACGUCGGCGCCAGCUCCUCAUAGGUCGCCAACUCCUGAGCUGCAUGCGGUUUAUACAAGUCUAGAAAUAUUAGUGGCUCUCGUGGCAGUGAUUGGGAAUGCUAUGGUGAUCUACGUGUUUAGGAGAGACCGCCGAUUGAGGCGACGAACGAACUAUUACAUAGUGUCAUUAGCUACUGCAGACUUUCUAGUCGGUUUGCUCGGAAUACCUUUCGCCAUAUUGGCAUCAGUGGGCUUGCCGAGGAAUCUUCAUGCCUGCCUUUUCACCGUGUCGUUGCUGGUAAUGUUGUGUACAAUCAGCAUCUUCUGCCUCGUCGCCGUUUCCGUGGACCGCUACUGGGCCAUACUACAUCCGAUGUGCUACUCUCGAAAUGUGCGCACUAAAACUGCAAUAGUUAUAAUAUCAGUGUGUUGGGUGGCGGGUGCCGGAGUUGGUUUGCUACCAUUGUUUGGAUGGCAUGCUGCCGACACAGCUCCAGGGUGCUAUUUCGUCGAGGUGAUGGACUACAACUACCUCGUGUUCCUCUACUUCGCUACCAUCGUCACACCCAGUGUGCUAAUGGCUGCUUUCUACGCUCACAUUUACAGAGUCGUUGUGAAACAGUUAAGCCAAGUCGUGACUGUAGAAGGAAGUAGAGGGCGAUUAGCUGGCGGGACCAUGCUUCGAGUACUGGGAGCUGCUCAAAAGCGCGAGGUGAAGGCGACGCAGAAUCUUGCAAUUAUCGUUUUCUUCUUUAUAAUAUGUUGGAUUCCACUUUAUACAAUUAACGCUAUAAAAGCCUUUAUGCCGGAGUUAGAUAUACCGAACACUUUAACAUAUUUCUGCAUUAUUUUCUCACAUCUCAAUUCGGCCAUUAAUCCAUUGUUAUACGCUUACCAUUUAAAAGACUUCCGAGCUGCAUUAAGGGGCUUGAUAUGUACUUUGAUUGGUCGGGGAGUGGUACCUAUUCCCGCAGCAUACAGACCACCAGUGCCGGUGAGAAGACCGGCGUUAGAAAGAUGUAACGCUUUGAGAGAAAGGCCCAGGAUAUACGUACAUUCACCCGUGUGGUUGAGACAAAGAGAAGUUGAAAUGGCUGCCGCCGAACAAAGGAGUAGAGCUAUGGCGACUACUAUUCCCAUAAUACCAGAUGGUGAGCCAUUCCUUAAUCGGAUCGCUACAGAUAGUUCCAGCGGCCGACACACGCCUGAAGGUCGCGAGGAUGGUCCUUAUCUCAUACAUUCGAAUGAGGAAAGAUGUCAAAGUCCUUAUAAAUGCGUUGAGGACUUCCUUAGACGAGUGCGUAGCGUUAACGGUGACAGCUGA